AUGAACAUAGAUGCGAAGAAAGUAACUAAGAGGACCCAAGUCAGUCAUAGCAAACUCAAUAAUGAGAAAAAUGAUCACCUUGCACACAGGAUGACAUCGAAGGAAGUAGUGAGAACAAUGUCAUUGACAUACAAGAGCAGAAAAGCAGUGUCACCCCGUGCUUGUGUAUUAGAUGCUAUACAACUAUUAGGUCCAUUGGAAAACUUCAAACAAAACAUUGCGGUGCUAAAGAGGAACAUUGGAGAAGAAUCUAUGCAAAAUAUAAUCAACAUUGGUCGUAGCAAGCACCGACGAUCUACUUAUAACCUUCCCAUCAGAAUAUUAGAAUAUGAUGUCCCUGCUUAUAUUAAUAUUAACAUGCUGGAGAAUAAUUUACUCCAUAUAUUCUCCAUGCUUCGUUCAGUUGUUAAGGAUGUUUUAUUUUGUCUGUUUUCUGUUGUAUAUUUAUGUAGCAGGGUGGAAACAAGAAAUCUGUCAAAAAAUGUCUCUGUGUCGGCCGUCUUAGCAUUCGGAGGCUCCUCCGUUGAUCAAGGGAAUAACAACUAUAUCGACACUAUGAUCAAGGCUAAUUUCCCUCCUUAUGGAAAGGAUUUUGAGGGCGGAAAACCAACCGGAAGAUUCUCCAAUGGCCGAACAAUAGCUGAUAUUUUUGCCAAGGCACUAGGAGUGAAGGAGUAUCUUCCAGCAUAUCUAGAUCCUUCCCUUCAAGAAGAAGAUCUUCUAUCAGGUGUAAGUUUUGCUUCUGGUGGCUGUGGCUAUGAUGAUUUAACAGUCACAAUAACGUCUGCUAUACCACUGUCAGCUCAAUUGGAAAAUUUCAAACAAUACAUUGGGGAGCUCAAGAGGAAUAUUGGGGAAAAAGGUGCCCAGAAAUUAAUCACCAACAGUGUAUUUUUGGUAGUAGCAAGCACCAACGAUCUGAUUAUUUCCCUUCCCAUCAGAAGAAUAUUACAAAAUGAUGUCCCUGCAUAUCUUAACCUGCUGGUAAAAUUAGCCUUGGAUUUUGUUCAGGAACUACAUGACCUGGGAGCAAGAAAGAUAGUUGUCUUUGGCGCACCCCCGGUUGGCUGUUUUCCGGCUGUAAGAACGAUAGCUGGAGGUGUACUUAGAAUCUGCAGACAUGAGGAAAAUGAGGCAGCACAAUUGUACAACAGCAUGCUAAAACAACAGCUCGAUGUUCUUGCACACAGUUUUCCUGAUCAAUCCAGGGUGGUCUUUGUAGAUUUCUACAAUCCUCUGAUGAGCAUCAUUGAAAACCCUAAAAAUUACGGCUUGGAAGUUACAAAUAGAGGCUGUUGUGGAACCGGAAACAUAGAGGUGGGUUUUUCAUGCAACAGGUUCAUCUCUACGUGCUACGACGACUCUAAAUACUUGUUUUGGGAUAGUAUCCACCUAUCAGAGGAAGGAAGUGAAAUCUUCAUAAAUCUUAUUCUACCAAAAUUGAUGAAUAGUUUGUUCUACGAUGAUCCAUUAAAAUUUAUUUGA